CAACAAUGGCCCGGCUAGUGUCUUCUCUGCGGCUGUUGUGCCAGGUCAAUGCUUUUGCCGGCCUGGUUCUCUGCUACCUGCUCUUCCUUCUGCUGGGGGCUCUGGUGUUCACGAGCGUGGAGAAGCCAGUGGAGAAGGAGCUGAGGGCCGAGGUGGCGGAGCUGCGCCGCUCCUUCCUGCGGGAGAACCCGUGUGUCCAGGAGAGCGAGCUGCGGGAGCUGCUGGAAAGCGCUUCCUCUGCUCACCAGAGCAACGUGGCGGUCCUGAAGGCCGACGAGAGGCGAAAUGACUUCACGUCAUCGCUCUACUUUGUCAUCGUCACUCUGACCACCAUGGGUUCUGACUCUUACACCCCCAAAUCAGACGAGGCCAAGCUCUUCUGUAUCUUCUACUGCACCCUGGGGAUCCCCCUCACCCUGCUGCUCCUCACCCUCAUCUCUAACCUCCUCCUCCCGGCUGUCACCCAUGCUCCCGUCCACCACCUGCACACUUACUGGGGUCUGCCCUACUGCCGGGCCGCGCUCGUCCACGCCGGCCUCCUCUGUGUGUUGGUCCUCUCCCUCCUGUUCCUCCCCCCCUCCCUCCUGGUCUGUGCAAUGGAGCCUGGCUGGAGCUUCCUGGAUGCUCUCUUCUUCUGCUUUGUGGUCCUGAGCACCGUCGGCCAGGGAGGAAACUCUCUGGGGAGAAACUGGAGCCCUUCGGCCAAGGAGACACUCCAACUCCUCACCACGUGUUACCUGUUGGUGGGCCUGGUGGUGAUCAUUACCUUCAAGGAGACUGUCCUGCAGGUUCCCCGGGUCUCCGCGGUGAUGAGGCUCUUCUGUGGUCCGCAGUAUGCGGAACUGGAGGGUCUGCACCUCAGUGAACUGACCCUCUCUGAGGAAAGCUGUGAGGAGGAGCCUCAGUACUCCCAGUCCAUCUGCACCGUCGCCUCCACUCCACUAGAGCCGAUGGGCCCCGCUGUCACACACGGAGGCCCUCUGACCUUCAAAGUUUCAGCUUCUGACUUUUAACCGUUGUGGAAAUCUGACAUGUUUUGUCUUUGAUUACUGGAUGUCCGCUGCAUUCAUUGAUUGUGUUUGGCCUCACGGAGGCAGUAGAACUAGCCAAAAAAUACUUUAAUAUUUACAUAACAGGUCCUUUUACAGUGGGUGAACCACCACCACUUCUACAUGGUUAGUUGAUGUCUGUUGAUAAAACCAGAUGGUAUGUAGCCCUUAAAUGAGCAGGUAGCAGGUACAACA